AUGACCUUGCACACCAUGUCUACCAGACCGCAAUUUCCACCUUUCCGUGCCGAGCAUUUGGGCAGUCUUCUUCGUCCCUCGAGACUUCUGGACAAACGCCAUGCUAUCCAGCAGAAGAGGGAUACCGAAGACGGACUGCUUGAUUUGGAGAACCAAUGUAUUGACGAGGUAGUCAAGAUCCAGCUUGACUGCGGCUUCCGCGCCAUUAGCGAUGGCGAGUAUAGACGACACAUGUUCUGGGGGACAUUCUUUCCAUCACUGAACGGGUUCAAGGAGAUCUCUGGUUCCGAAGUCACCAUUGAUCUAUUUCGAGAAUACGUUCCAGAUCUCGCCGCGUUUCUCGAGGAGGAGAAAGUGCCUGGAGAAAGCAUCAUCUGCGUUGGGAAGAUCAGCCACACGGGCAAGAGCUCGUACAUUGAUCAAUACGAGUAUCUUAAGAAGAUUACACCAAAGGAACGCCAUGGCGAGAUCAAAUUGACACUUGCAGCCCCGAACUGGUACCACUUGCGAUACAGGGAAGGAAAGGCUUAUCCCAAGGAGGUGUACACCAGCGAUGAGGAGUACUUUGCUGAUAUUGCCACCGCAUAUCGUAAAGAACUUGAGAUCCUCUAUGCAGCCGGUGUUCGGAAUGUUCAAGUAGAUGAUCCGAACCUGGCCUACUUCUGCUCCGAGAAGAUGAUCGAGGGCUGGAAGAAGGACGCUGCCAACACUCGAUCCAUCGACGACCUUUUUGAUGCGUAUAUCUCCUUCUACAAUGAUUGCUUUCAACGUCCGUCCGAUCUGCAUUUAGGCAUUCAUCUUUGCAGAGGUAACUUCGUCAACUCUCGCCACUUUUCGGAGGGUUCUUAUGAUCGAAUCGCGAACAAGCUGUUCCACAACCUCGACGCUUCAACAUAUUACCUGGAGUACGACACAUCCCGUGCCGGUGGCUUUGAGCCAUUGAAAUCCUUGCCAAAGCAUAAGAACGUGAUCCUCGGCGUGAUUACCAGCAAGUUUCCGGAACUCGAGAACAAGGAAGAGAUGCAGCAGCGAAUCUAUAAGGCUGCUGAGUUUGUCGCUGCCGGAAGCGGUCAGAGCAGGGAAGAUGCGCUCAAGCAGCUCGGUGUGAGCCCACAGUGUGGAUUUGCAAGCCACGAGGAUGGUAAUCUGCUGUCUUACCAAGACAUGGUGAAGAAGCUGCGGCUCGUGCGCGACAUUGCAGAUAACAUCUGGCCGGGCGAGCCUUGA